GGUCUUUGUGAGUUUGGGUUCUUCGAUGAUCACAAGGCAGUCACUCGUGGACUCUUCGAGCUUAUUUAAGCCUUUCCCAGCGUUAUCUUGAGGGGUCAGGCUUAUCUCUUCUGAACAUUUCUUUGUCUUUUUCUUCCAAAGUUCUUCCUCUGGCAGUUAUAAAGUUUCACUUUUUAUAGAAACAAAUCUGCAAUCUUUCUCUUCCACUGAAUCAAAUUUGUUCAUAGAGAGAGAAAAAAGAGAUGGGUAGUACCUAUUCGAUGCUUACUCAAUACGAUAUCGAGGAAGUUCAGGAAUAUUGCAACAAUUUAUUUUCUCAACAAGAAAUUGUAUCUCUGUACGAGAGGUUCUGUCAACUCGAUCGGAAUUCUAAGGGUUUCAUUUCUGCUGAUGAGAUUUUAUCCGUUCCUGAGUUCUCCAUGAAUCCCCUUUCUCAGAGACUGAUUAAAAUGGUGGAUGGUUUGAAUUUCAAGGACUUUGUCGCCUUCCUGUCAGCUUUCAGUUCUAAAGCAAGCAUUGGACAGAAAAUUGAACUCAUCUUCAAAGUGUACGAUCUAGAUGGCAAUGGGAAGGUGACUUUCAAUGAUGUGUUAGAGGUGCUCCGGGAUUUGACUGGUUCAUUCAUGUCCGAGGUCCAAAGAGAGGAAGUUUUGAGCCAUUUAUUGGAGGAAGCUGGUUAUACAAGGACUUCUUCUUUAUUGUUGGAUGACUUCAUUAAGAUUCUUGACUAUCCUGGUCUAAAGUUGGAGGUUGAAGUCCCUGUCGACUGAAUAAACUCAAAGAAGCUCUUCACUAAAAUCAACAUGUUGUUCUCUCCUUAGCAUGUCAGCCUGACUUCUUUCUACGGCUAGCUUCCCUGAUCCACCGCCCAACCUUGACCGAUGAGUUAACCAAGAGAGGAGACUCAAUGGCACCCUUGUAACAUGGCUAGAUGUCGAGCGGAAGAAACAUCUGUUUAUAGUGUCCUCUUUCUUCAUUCUUCUCUUGAAAAUAGUGAAUAAGCAAGCAUUUCAUGUAUCACAGAGAAAUUAAAGAUUCAGAAUUUUUGUAAAAUUUUCCAAAAAAUAUCUAUUUAGCUUACUCCUGCUUCUCUUAAACUUCGUGUUAACUAA